CUCAGCAUCAGCACCAGCAGAGACGUCAGCCCCCUCUCCUCUCUUCUCCUCUCCUCUCCGUCCACUGCGGAACAUCGGCCUGUUUUCCUCCCAUCACUCCGCCAGCGGCAGACCCAGCUCGCUAUGGACAACUCCGGCAAAGAGAAGGAGGCCAUGCAGCUGAUGGCUGAAGCCGACAAAAAGGUCAAAGCGUCCGGAUCCUUCCUCGGAGGGAUGUUCGGGGGAAACCAUAAGGUGGAGGAUGCCUGUGAAAUAUACGCCAGAGCAGCCAACAUGUUUAAGAUGGCAAAGAACUGGAGUGCUGCGGGGAAUGCUUUCUGUCAGGCCGCUCGGCUCCACAUGCAGCUGCAGAACAAACUGGAUUCUGCCACCAGCUUCGUCGAUGCCGGCAACGCCUACAAGAAGGCCGACCCACAGGAGGCCAUCAACUGUCUAAAUCAGGCCAUUGACAUCUACACUGACAUGGGUCGGUUUACCAUUGCAGCCAAACAUCACAUCACUAUAGCGGAGAUUUAUGAGGCUGAGCUGGUUGAUAUUGAGAAGGCCAUUGCCCACUAUGAGCAGGCAGCAGACUACUACAAGGGAGAAGAAUCUAACAGCUCAGCCAACAAAUGUCUUCUGAAGGUCGGACACUACAGCGCUCAGCUGGAGCAGUACCAGAAAGCUAUUGAAAUCUAUGAACAGGUUGCUAUGAACACCAUGGACAAUCCUCUGUUGAAGUACAAUGCUAAGGAGUAUUUCUUCAAGGCUUCACUGUGUCACUUCAUAGUGGACGAACUGAACGCCAAGUUGGCCAUAGAGAAGUAUGAGGAGAUGUUUCCAGCCUUCUCAGACUCCAGAGAGCUCAAACUGUUAAAGAAACUCCUAGAAGCCCACGAGGAGCAGAACAGCGAGGCGUUCACGGAGGCCGUCAAGGACUUUGACUCGGUGUCCCGUCUGGACCAGUGGUUGACCACAAUGCUGCUCCGCAUCAAAAAGACCAUCCAGGGAGACGCUGGGGACCUGAAAUAGACAAAUGUAGAGAUAGGGGAGGGAGACAGGGGAAAAGGGGGUGGUAAAGAGAGAAGAAAGAUCAGGGAAGAGGGGGUUGGUAAAUAAAUGAAGGGAAGGGAGAAUGACGGGGAGUGUAAAGACGUGUUUUGGUGGGAAAAAAAGGUCAAAAAGAAGAGAGCGGGAGGCAGAAAGAGUUUACAGUUGUACAUAUCAGUCUGCAUGUGAUCCCCAACUAGCUAAGCAUCACCUUCAAACCACCUUUAAAUGACCCUGUGCCCCUGGUCCUUCAGUAUUGCUAUCAUAACACUGGACAGAAUUGUACUCAAAGAGAAAGAGUGGAAAUAAAAAGGUGUGUCUGAGAGAGAAAGAGAGAGAGAGAGUGUGUGUGUGUGUGUGAGAGAGAGAGAGAGAGAGAGAGUGUGUGUGUGUGUGUGUGUGUGUGUGUGUCUGUGUGUCCUCUGCAGUAAAGUAAAUUAUACUAUUUGAUGGGAAACUCAUAUCAGAUUUAAGGAUAUAUGUUAUUGAAAAGGGAUAAUAAUGUUAUUUAUGAGAUUGUUGAUAUUCAUUGCCAAUACUGAAAAUAUUUAUUAUUUAUUAUGGUGCUCAGUGUUACGAUUUGUCUUAAUAUUUUAGGUAUUAGCCCCUCUCCUCUUUUAUUCUCCUUCCUCUCCUCAUCUGUUCUUUUUCCUCCUCCUCCUCCUCCUCCUCUGUCUCCCCUCGCCCUCUCCUCACCCCUAUGCCCAGUCAAGUCAGUGAUAUCACCCAUUGUGAUUGGUUGGUUCUUUUUGUUCUUGCCAACGGUUGGUCGGUGCACUCAGCCACCAGUGCUUACUCCCGUCUCUGCCUUGUUUGUGCAUGUCUGUUGUCAUGUUGAUGUAAGUGUUCUCCGUGUCGUGCUAACGUGUUAAGAACAUACAUGUAACCUGGUAUCAUUUGUGUGAAAUCAGUAAAUAUCAGAUACCGAGUUCAAAUAAAAACACCAUCGCUCCAGA